CCCGUGGCCGUGUACUUGGUUUUGCCCAAAUAAUUAUCAGUAGUGCACGCGUGCACCUCUCUCUGUACCGUGCGCCCGAUCUUUGCGGCACAGACUAGACAUUCAUUCGUGGAUUUGCACCAGUCCUAGAUCCUGUGUGAAUGGCAAAUCAUUCGUCAGCUCCGUGACGCGUGAAAUUUACCUUUCUCUAAUUAUUCCUCAGUUCUUUUGCCUGGCAGUUAAUAUUACUACAUUGUAGCGGUGCUUUCAGAGUGGGCAGUAGUGUCCGCUCGCCCUGCCCUGCGUCUAAAACCCAGACGGUGGCCCAGCAGAGCCAAAUAAUUUGGUGGUAGCGGUACAAUACCUCCUCGGAAUCAAAUUCUGCGGCCAAUGUGGAGCAGAUUGCCAGCCUACGCGAGACGAGAAAGAAGUCAUUCAUUUCCCUUUCAUAGCGUACCCGCAUCAUUAGAACCGCAGACGCGUGUAUGCAGCAUAAUCAGAAUUACACUAGGACUAUAGGGAGGGAGCAUGGCGAGAGCGGGUUAUGGCUUCAUCCGAAUCCUCAUCGCAGCCUGUGCCCUGAGCGUCAUAUUUCAUCUUGUGCUGUACUGGCCUGGAGAUGGGCGGGUGGGUCAUGAUUUGCAGGCACGCGCCGUAGCUGAAUGGGCCAUCGAGCGACACCGGCAACUCCGCAACAAUGACGUCAUGCAGCCUAUGCCAGAUGUGGUGGCAGCAUUUGACGACGUGAAGAACCAUGCUCGCGCCAAGGAGGAAAUGGAGAACUUCAUGAGCUGGGAUGACGAGAGUGAAGCACAAGAGGUUUUCAAAGUGAAGGAAAACGCUGCACACCAGGCCAAGGUUCACAUCGCUCAAAUGGUAAUCCCACCAAGGUUACGUACGGCUGUCGGCAAGUCUAAUGAUCUGCUUCAAGUCCUACCUGCAAACAAUGCCCCACAAGCUCCUGACAAUCGUCAGGCGUUGCAAUCACGAGAGCGGAUAUUGGCGGCGGCAUUUGGUAACAGCAAUAGGAUACCUGGCCCGGCUGCAUCCAAGCAGGAGCAUGGUGACCGGCUUGCAACGGAUUUGGAGUUUCCCUGCAAUGGUUACUGGCGUGCCCAGUGGGUUAAAAAGUGCCCACAGACGUGCAAUUCAGAGCCGACCCGCAUCACCGGGACUGUUCACUUCAUCCUGCUCGACAACAAGUUUGGCUUCAUGUUCUGGCUGGCCGUGCGAUCUGCGGUAGUGUAUGCCCGUGCGCAAGCCAUCAAUAUAUUUUCUGCCGUGGAGCGCUCGGAAUUUGCAGAUAACUGCUGGAUGCAGCGGGUACUGAACAUAUCCACCGUGCAUUUCUAUCACAUUCCCGCUCAGCGUUUCCCGACUCAGAUCAACGGACAUAAGAUUGUUUUCAUCCAGCACUACUCCGAUUGGCUGCGCCUGGCGAUAUUGUGGAGCUACGGCGGUGUUUACAUGGACACGGACUCCAUCAUUGCAAAGCCACUGCAGCCGCUUAUGGCCAGCAAUCACGCCGUACUGUCACGCCAGGCUACGCGUCGUCCCGGCAACGGAAUGUUCGUGGUCCGCGAGCGCAGCUGCUUCGUCUGCCACUAUGCGCGGCAGGCUUGCAAGAACUUCAGAGGGAACUGGUCGGAUCAUAGCUCUAUGACGCUGGAGAAGAUGUUUGGCGGUAAGCAAAAAGCCAGCGUGUCCAUCCCGAGCCUAAAGAAUGUAGUGCUGCUUGAGCAUAUGAAGGGCUUUUUCCCUUUCUCCUGGACUAGAACCGGCUUGUACAAUUUAUUUGAUAAGCCCAUCACACAAAAGGAGCGGCAGUUAAUUGAUGUAUACGCUUUGCACCUGUAUAAUUACGUGUCAAAACAGUUUCAGCCUCACCUGUUAAACUUCACCUGGAUACAUGAACAGAAGUCUAUGCUGAGCAAGACCAUCGCUACCAUUCUCCCGAGAGGUUUUGCCCGGCGAAGCAUGGACACGAAGCAGUGCUUGCGAUGGGCGGGCAUCCCCGGGUGAUUGACCCAGCUAUCAGCGGUUUUGACCUGAAUAACUAUUUUGUAGAUUUUAGCAUAUCAUACAUUUAAUCUCUUGGCUAUCUUUGAAGACCUGUUUUUCGCCGAUUAUUCAUGCUCAAUCUCUACCCAUUUUGAAAUCUGAUAUUUGGGUGUUUGAUCUGAUUCUGCCCGAAUUUUGCCAUGGUUUUACCGGUAUUUAUCGGUAUUUUGGAAAACUUCGCAGGCUUUCUAGCAUUUGUUAUCGCAUAAACAGUUUCUGCAGAACUAACCAAGACCAAAAUCCGAUAAGAAGAGUGAAACCCUAGUCCAAGGCUAAAUGCGAAUGGAACAGCUCACUGU